GGAAUUGAAAAUGAAAAUGUUGCAUAGUGAGUAGGAACUAGGAACAAUGGCAGUAUUGUUUUAUACUUCUUUUUGUCUAAAACUGAAUAAAUCUCUCCUGUUCGUUGAUGGUGUCUUUCAGGGCACAGAGGUGGUCCCACCAAACUCAAGAUUGCACACUUGCUUAUUGUCUGGUGUUUACAUGUGCAACUUAAUUGUUCUAGUUCGGCUCUCGUUCGGCAUUGACGGGCCAAAAGAAGUUGCAAUGAAACUUGUCGUUAGAUCCGAGGAUGAAUAUGUCAGCGAUGCUAUUCACGAAAUUGUAGCAAGCGGCUAGUUAGAUACUUGGGAGGGUUUUUUUUUUCAGUCAACUAUACCGUAUUACCGUCUUUCCUUUUUUCUUUUGUGAAUGGGAUCGGAAAUUUAUGGGUGCCACAAGACCCACCGGCUAUGAGAUGUAUAUGCAUAGCAGACUUGACUUGGUGUGGGGAUGUUCCUCUCCUAUGUAGUUCUUAUUUUGUGGAG